CGACCAUCACCUACCACUUCUAAUUUGAUCAUCAUGAGCAUUUCCGCUGCUGCCGGUGUUGAGGCUAUUGCUACCCAGCCUGCUCCCACUACUACUAUUCAUGGUGGCACCACGGGUCAGGUUCCUCCCACUUCCUACUAUGUUCAGCGUGGUACUACCUCUCAAGUUCAAGCACCUCAAGGUCCCAUGAUUGACGAGAAGAUUGUCCAGAAGCAGAAGGAGAAGGCCUUGAGGGAGUUGGAGUCCCGAGUGAAGCUGGCCUUGCAGCAGCACGAGCAGAUGUAUCAGCUACAGAGGUCUCACAUCAUGGCCGAUCAUGACAGGCAGAUGGAGUACACCAAGGCUACCAUUGAGAAGGAGCGUCAAGCUGCUAUGUUCGACUUGGAAGGUCAGUAUCAGACCAACACUCGAGGGCUCGAGCAAUCGGCCAUUCAGCAGCGGAUGCAGAUUGAGACUACUGCCAUGCAACUUGACAUCCAAGCUCAUCAGCAGAAGAUGAUUAUGGAGCACCAGGAGCGCGAGAAGAAGUGGACCGGCCAGCCUGCUGUGGCUCAGACUAUUGCGGCUCCUCAGCCUUAUGUUGCUCCUACGACUUACAGUGCUUACGGUCAACCUGGUGGGACUAUGACUUACUCGACUGCUGUUCAUCAACAGCAGCCACAGGCAAACUCUGCUGAGGCUCCUGUUGCAGCAGCUCAGUGAAAAUUUAGAGCAUGAUUGAGUAUUGUUGUGUAUGGUUCAAGAAGUCUUGGAUGGUUUUUUCAUAACCACUCAAGCUGAUCCACAACAUUUUCGCUCAAAGCGACAUA